GUCGUCUAUUACCACUUAUAGCGAAUUUAUGCCCUCCGAGGGAAUCGCCAGAAUUUCAAACAAUUCCUCGACAAAAUGGAACUAUUAUUGAGCUUGGGUAUACAAUUAAGAAAAAAUUUGUGGACGAAAAGCGAGUUACUCAUUUAAAAGAAAUUUAUGGAAUAUUAAGUGCAAAUAAUGUUAGAUUUUCCGACAAAUUAGAACAUUCAUCUACACAUUCUGUUAAUUUGGCGCCACGUGGAGAACAAC